GUUACGGCAUCUUGUCUGUGUAGAAAUUAAUGAGUCGGUGAGCAGCCAUCCAUCCACCCAUGUGAUAAUCUUCAGAUAACAUAUUCCUAGUGGCUGUGGAUUGAAUAGAAAAGAUCCAGACACCCCAAAGGAAAUCAAUUAUUGUGCCCGUAUCAUCAUUGUUGCAAUUCAGGGAAAAAUAUAAACUUUCUCUAUAUCUCAGCCUUCUGGGUUUCCGUGCUUGAAGAAUAUCUCUUGGACAGAAGCUCUGGGUUAUCACCAAAACGAACAAAGGGGGACAAGAAAUAGGUGCAAUUCUAUCUUAUGAUGGUAAAGUUCAGAUUUUGAGCCAAUUUUCUGUACUUUUUUUGGGAAACAAACAUGCCCUUUAUUGGUUCUCUUGUAAAGUUGAUUCUCUGCACUUUCUCGUUUAAACUGUAAAGAAAAUGGGUUGUGAGGUAGAUUAUAUGUGGAGUCUCAGUAGUUUAGUGGCUGCUUUUCUGGAUCUAGCUAUAUCUUAUUUCUUGCUCUGUGCAUCAUCUGUGGUUUUCUUGGGAACCAAAUUUCUAGGACUGUUUGGUUUGCCCUUGCCUUGCCCUUGUAAUGGACUAUUUGGGAUAUCCCCGAAUACGAAUCUCUGCUUGAAAAGGCUCCUGGUUGAUUUUCCUAAUGAGAAAGUGUCUGAUGUUCAGCUAUUGGUGAGGGGAAAGUUCCCUUUUAACAUUCAUAAUAAUUGCCAUUUGAACAUGAGGUUGAUUGAGGAGAAGGACGAUAACUGUUUCAAUACUAGUCCCGGGCUUGUUGGGAUUGAACCCCGGGAGGCUUCAUGUAGUUCAUUGUCAGAUGCAAGGAAAUCAAUUAGUGUUCCAAGAAUUGAGUUUGAGACAAACAAGACUGAGAUUGGGAGUGUAAGAGACGGAAGGGCUGAUGUAAAGGGAAAAGGGGUAACGAUCUAUAAGAACCGAAGUGGGAUACGUCGUCGUAGAAAACGGGCUUUAGCCGCUGAGCGUUGGACUUCAUCAUCAGUUUCAUCGUAUGAUCAUUCGCUUUCCGAUUUUCAAAGUUGUCCAAUAUCUCCACCUAGUAUCAACAAAGAAAGGAAUGAAAUUAGACUGUGGAGGGAAAACAGCAGAGAGCUUUAUGGAAAUGGAUUUGAUGCCCACUAUUCUCACUACAGGGAGACACACAAAGGAACAAGGCAUGGACAAAGAGACGGUUUUGAUUUGAAUGGAUUUCCUGAUUAUGAUGAGCAAAAUGAGAAGAUUGUUUCGUCCAAUGAUAGAGAAGAAGAAGAAGAACAAGCCGGGCGUGAUGCUCUUUACCUUGAGCUUGAGAAGGAGAGAAAUGCUGCUGCAACAGCUGCAGAUGAGGCUAUGUCUAUGAUCGCACGCCUCCAGGAAGAGAAGGCUUUGAUUGAAAUGGAAGCUCGGCAGUAUCAGAGGAUAUAUGAGGAAAAAUCUGCUUACGAUGCAGAAGAGAUGAACAUUCUAAAAGAGAUCCUGGUGAGGAGGGAGAGGGAAAAGCUCUUUCUGGAGAAGGAAGUUGAAGCGUAUAGAAAGAUGAUGGUUAGUGUUGGAAAUGAGCAACCGGCUGCUGGUGAUGAUGAACACAUACCUGACACUGAAAGACAGCUUUCUGAUUAUUCGCUUUAUGAAAGUGAGGAUUCUAUCUUGAUGCUACGUCAGCUUAGUGCAUCUAUUGACAAGAAGACCAUGAAAAAAAGCAAGAGAUCAGAUGAAUCCGGGAUGGAAUCCUCGGCGUUAGGACAGAAGGAAGAUUCUAGCUUCCUAGAACAAGGAAGCCAUCCUUUUGGAUAUCAAGAAUUUCAGGAGAAAGAGAUGGUUACUAUGAUCGAUGCUUCUGAUGGAAUCCCAUUGCCUUGCAGCAAAACAGGUGUUUCUGAACAUAAUCACCCAGAAAAUACUUCACAUGAUGAUUCAUAUCAGGAUUUCAGCGCAUCGAAUUUAUCAUUUGAUAAAGAACUUCAUGUUGUGCAUGAUGUUCAUAUAAUAGAUGGAUCUAAUGUCAGCAAUGAGGGAAAAGGAAGUGAAGGGAUGCCAUUAUCGACAAAUGAUGAUCUUACCUGUAGUAUAAUAAGUAGUCUUCCACCUGAAGCUUCAGCUUCUCAGGCGAUUGAUGCUGACAGAAGUACUAGCUUUACGAAUACACAAAUGGAAGAAGCCAAGAGUAGGAGGAUCAGUUCAGGUGUAUUUGAUCAGCUUCCCCCAUUGGAUCCAAAGACCAUAUCCAUCAAGCCUGGUGAUGUGCUGCGGAGGCAUUCAUUGUCAACCUUUGACAUUGAAAGAUUGAAAAUUGACUAUGAGGUUGAAAGGCUGAGAGAAAGGCUGAAGAGCGUUCAAGAGGGAAGAGAGAAACUCAACCUGUCAGUGGAGAAUAGAGAGGGAGAAAAAGUACAGCUGAAGCUUUUGGAGGAUAUAGCACUGCAGCUCAGGGAGAUUCGGCACCUCACACAACCCGAAAAGGAAAUACGGCAGGCUUCCUUACCUCCUCCAUCAUCAAAGGUAAAGCCGAAGAAAAAACGUUGCCGUAGUGCCUCAUUAGGGGUUCAUAAUAGCUCCUAAGGGAACGGUUUUUCAGCACUUCACAAUGUGCUGCCGGGGUUGAAGCUUUCCGGGUACUAGUUCGCGUGAUUUGAUUAUCUUAGUGGGAUAAGAAGGUUAUUAUGUAUUUUACUUUGUAAAAAUUGUAUCUACUGCUAGAAUGUUUAAAAACAGAGUAGAGACCGCAUUAUUUCCCCCGAGCAUCUUUCUACUACUCCAAGCUCUAUGGAGUCCUCAUGGCCUUUGUGUGCCAAUCCAUGGGGUAUUGCAAUUUGAUGGUUGUGUGAAGGGAUUAAAAUUGGACAUGACAUUCAAGAGACAUGGUACAAGGAAGAUGAACCACUGAACUAUCAGUUAUUUUUUAAAAUUGACGGUUCUUACUCUCGAAACCCCCAGCCGCCCAACCCCACUAUCUUCUUUGCGGAUUGACUAUAAGAAAUCAUGUAGCCAAUC